UUUGCCCAAUCAGUUCCCGCUCUGUCUCUCGCCCAUGCGCAGUGAUGGCUGCGGGAGUGGGGAGGAAGGUUCUAGAAUAUGAGGCCUUUGUCAAUGAGGUUUUAAAGAGAGACCUGCAGAAAGUUCUGGAACAGCGCGAUGAGGUCUACGAGAAGAUUGCUCAGUAUCUCGAGCUGAAGAAUGUCAUCGAGCGGCUACAGGAAUCGGAGAGCAAGGAGCUCAAGACAGAGGUGGACCUGGGCUGUAAUUUCUACGUGCAGGCCAGAGUGCCUGACGCGUCGAUGAUUUUCGUGUCCGUGGGGUACGGAUUCUUUGUGGAGCUGACGUUCCCUGAAGCACUGAGCUUUAUCGAGAGGAAGUCCCUUCAGCUGACUGAGUUGGCAGAGAAGCUGUCGAAAGACUCAGCCAAGAUUAAGGGCAACAUUCGAAUGGUGCUGGAGGCUCUCUGUGAACUCCAGGGAUUCACCGAUUUACCAGCGGAGAACAGGAGGGAGAUUUUCUGAAGGAUCCUGGCCUCAAGCAAGGGGAAGAGGAGGAGAGGCCAGAAGGCACAGCUGUCAAUGUGUAUAUGACUCUGUAAAAUAAUAGAAUGGCAGCGUAGGAGAUGCUGAGGGAACUUUGUAACUUCUGGAAUACCUCAGCUGUCUAAAUAUUUAUAAAACUCAUUUCCCCAAGUGUAAA